AUGCAUAACUUUCCCCACUGCUUCUGUCCACCAAGGACUCACCAGCAUGCUGUUCCGGCGGAAAGCGAUAGCGGACCUCUUCUAGUGCAGCAGGAUACCGGAAGGAGACAUCGACAUGGAGGGCUGCGGAGCUCGCGUUUCUCCGCAGCGACUGGCCACGGCCGAGACAGCACAGGCGGCAGCCCGCGUGCUGUAGUGGGCGAGCAGCAAGGAGCUGGUCACGAUACCUAUGAUCAGCCCACAGGGGGCGCAGUCGCCCCCGCGGGGGGUCUGUCAGAAGGUGAUGGUGCCCCGUACACAGGCAGCAGCGGAACGCCCUCUCCUACUAACUCUAGCAAGUUUCGCAGGGAAGGAUUCAUUCCCUCGUAUAACGGGCCGAUUGCAGACUACUAUGACGUGGAAACCAAGAAACUGGGACAGGGGACUUACGGCAGUGUCUGCCGCGCCGUCAAUAAGGCGACAAAAAGUGUCAGGGCAGUGAAAACCAUCGCAAAGGCCAAGGUGAAAAACGUAAAGAGAUUCAGGCAGGAAAUCGCCAUCAUGAAGUCUCUCAAUCACCCAAAUAUCAUCAAGCUGUUCGAGACUUUCGAAGAUCACAAGAGCAUCUACCUCGUCCUCGAGCUCUGCAAAGGAGGAGAACUGUUCGAUCGUAUCAUUGAGGAGGGUUACUUCAGUGAGAUGUACGCGGGGAGUUUGAUGCGUCAAAUUUUCGCGGCUCUAUAUUACAUACACCAGCAUGGCAUAGCGCACAGAGACCUGAAACCAGAAAACUUCCUCUUCGCUGACAAGAGCAAAGAAGCACCUUUGAAGAUUAUCGAUUUUGGUCUCGCAGCUCGUGCUGGACCGACAACCAUUCUCUCGACAAAAGCGGGUACACCGUACUAUGUAGCGCCUCAGGUGCUGCAAGGCAAGUACACCUACAAAUGUGACAUGUGGUCGGCGGGAGUGAUCAUGUACAUCCUCCUGUGUGGAUACCCCCCCUUCCACGGAGACAACGACGCCGAGAUCCUCGCGAAAGUGAAGAGCGGCAAGUUCUCUUUCAACGAACAGGACUGGAAGAACAUCUGCGUGGAAGCUAAAGACCUUAUCCGGAAGCUUCUGACUUACGAUCCCGCUCAGCGAUUGACCGCAGAACAAGCUCUCGCGCACCCGUGGAUCAAGCACUACUCCACGAAGGCCAAUCCCACGGCUGACACUCCACUGAGUAACCACAUCUUAGACAACUUUAGGGCGUUUCGGGCGGUAUCAAAACUGAAGAAGGCUGCGCUCACAGUUAUCGCUCAGCAAAUGAGCGAAGGGCAAAUCAAGGCGCUGAAGAACAUUUUUCUCGCGCUUGAUGAAGAUGGAGACGGAACUCUCACGAUUAACGAGAUUAGAGCUGGCCUGAACAAGAGCGGAUUGAAGGAGAUGCCUCCAGAUCUUGACGCGCUCAUGCAAGAGGUGGAUAGCGACGGCUCGGGCGUGAUCGACUAUACGGAAUUCAUCGCAGCGUCUCUUGAUAAGCGGCAAUAUGUACAGGAAGACGUAUGCUGGGCAGCCUUCCGCGUCUUCGACAUCGAUAACAACGGACGCAUUUCAGCAGACGAACUCGCUCAAGUUCUUCUGAGUGCCGACGUGCAGAACAUGUUUCCUCGGCGGGACGCGUUGGGGACAGCAGGUUCUGAAGCGGCGCCUAUUGAGGAUAAAAAAUAUGCGAAGGAACAGCACAAGCAAAACGUGAUCGAAAUGAAGGGCCUAAUAAAGGAAGUGGACCGAAACGGAGAUGGAGAGAUUGACUUCGACGAGUUUAUGGAGAUGAUGCGCCGAGGAGGUCCUACGUCGGCCCCGAGCUCGUCGUCAAGGGUCCUGUAG